AUGGAAAUCCUAACAACCCAAAAACCAACAAGCAACGGACCUGACUGUAAUGGUAUUUCUGGUGGAAGUUCUAGUGGUGUUUACACAAUAUAUGUUGAAAAUCUACCUCUCGAUGUAUACUGCGAAAUGACAGGUUCUGGUCAAUGGACGGUGUUUCAAAGAAGAAUAGAUGGUUCUACAGAUUUCUACAGGACUUGGCAGGAAUAUAAACAGGGAUUUGGGAAUGUAAAUUCGGAAUACUGGUUAGGGAAUGACAAUUUACAUAAGAUCCUAUCUACAGGGAACUACAAACUACGAGUUGAUCUAGAAGAAUUGAACGGUGAGGUGCGGUAUGCUGAAUAUGAAACGUUUGAUGUAGGCAAUGAAGCUACAAACUACGAACUCACUAUAGGAAAUUAUAAUGGAAAUGCUGGUUAA